AUGGUAGGAGGUAGCUGGAAUCCGCCGCUCACGUUUCCGUCCAUGUUGCUUCUGGCGGCGGCCGUGGUUUGCCUAAUGGUCGUCGCGGUGGAACACGACGUCACCGUUACGACUCCGCCCGACGCUCAGUUGAAGUGCACCUGCGACUCCUGCGGUUGCACCCAGAGCCCUCCGCCGCCGCCGCCGCCGCCGCCGCCGCCACCAAUUUCGUUAGAGCCGUACUACUGCCCGCCUCCGCCUGCGCCACCGGCGCCAUAUUUUUACAUAGUGGGGUCGCCGGGCAACCUGUACCCGUAUGAUUCGUCAUUCGAACCCUCAAGUGCUAGCCGGAGUAGUUAUGCCGGGGCGGCGCCGGCCGCCGUCCUCGGCGUCGCCUGGGCGUUUGCGCUGGUGAUCAAUUAA